AUGUCGAACGACGACACCCUGGAGCUGACGAUCAAGAGGCUCGUGAGACCAGUCCGUGGCUUUCCCAACCCCGACUUCACGUUCGGCGACAUCACGCCGCUCUUAGCGGACGGGCAUGCGUACAGCGCAGUCAUCGACGCGUUCGUUGAGCGCUACAAGGACGCGGGGCUCGUGGCGAUCGCAGCGCCCGAGGCGCGUGGCUUCUUCUUCGGCUGCCCUGUCGCUGCAAAGCUAGGCAUCGGCUUCCUUCCCGUUCGCAAGAUGAAUCAGCUGCCUGGCGACACCCACCGAAGCCCGAUUGUCGCUAUGGAUUAUGGCGAACGCUGCUUGGAGGUCCACUCCGACAUCCUACCAGGUGGUAGAACGGGCAAGGUUGCUGUAAUCGACGACAUUCUCGCCACGGGUGGCUCCGCCUUGGCGUGCUGCGGCAUCCUCGAGCAGCUCGGGAUGCAUAUCCACGAGGUGGCGGCGGUGUACGACUACUCGGCGGGGAAGUCGGCCCUGCCUGGGCGUGGGCUGCUCACGGACCAGGGCUACUCGGUCUUCGCGCUCGCGAAGUUCUGCGACGACCGCGUCGAGGGCAAGAUGCUGUGGUGGCUCGAGCGCGGCACAGACGACGAUGUCGUCCUCUCGCCGCACAUCGGGAAAAUGAACAAGCAGCACUGAGCGCUGCUCGUACGUCUUGGUCCUACGUAGUACGCGUCACGCAUAUCUUGCGCCGCCGUGGCUUGUCGCCGGGAAAUUCUUGCCCGUGCGCGUACCACCUGUGUUAGUGCCAGUGUGUGUGUGCGCGCGCGCGCGCGCCCAGUGCCCAGUGUUGAAGUUGGAGCAAUUGGAGUGCAGCGCAGCGCACCUGAAAAGAAGUCGAGGAGGAAGACAGAAAAA